AUGGAUCCAAACCAACUCAACUCUUUCUUCAAUUACUUACAAAACUUUUCUCAAAUUCCAAAUACCCAACAAUCUCAAACCUCAAACUCUCAAGUUCCAAAUCAAAACUUCACACUACCAAAUUCAUUUCAAAAUCCAAAUCCACAAAAUCUUUAUAAUUUCAAUUUUCAAGAUCCUUAUAAUAAUCAGUUUCCUAUAUUCCAACCACAAAAUCAAAAUUCACAAAUAACCCAUUUUCCAUUUUCAUCCAUAUUUAACCCCUCUAUCGGAAAUGCUACUCCAACUUCCUUACCGUUUCCAACUCAAUUCAGUGCAUCAAGACAUAACUCAUCUGGUGUUGGUGGCUCUUCUAACCCAUCAUCUCAGACUCUUAUACAAUCUAGUCCAAAUUCGCAAUAUUCAGAUUUUGCCAACUCUCGUGGAUUAGAUGUUAUCGACCUUAAUGAUGAUGAUAUUGAAGAUCGGAGGCAAGAUAGUAUUCAACACUGGCAUUGGAAAGAAGAUGAGAUGCUGAUCAGUGGAUGGUUAAAUGUUUCAACUGACCCUGUAGUUGGUACCGAUCAAAAGGGGGAAACAUUUUGGAGUCGAAUUCAUAGCUACUGUGUAGAAUUUUGCUUCGACAUGACAAGGGGGAGUUGGCUUAUAAAACUUUAUUCCACAGAUUAUGGUCAAAAGUUCACUUUUGAGAGGCAUUGGAACAUGCUUCGGUUGGAGCAAAAAUGGAGAAGCCAACUACCUACACAGAGUAGCGGCUCAAAGAGAACCAAGGUUAGUACAACUGGAGCAUACUCAUCCUCAUCAAACCCAGAAACACCGUUGGCUGACGAAUCCAGUGUGGACUCUCCCGUUCGCCCACAAUGA